AUGGCGGAGGUACCGCGAUACCUCCAAGUACUUCCGGGGAAUUCCUCACGCAGCCAGGGCAAGCCGGAAACAGAAGGGCGUCAAGUACCCCAGCCUGCCGGAGGCGGAAGUCGCUACGCAGGGCGCCGCCAUGACUGUUUGGGCCUGAUGGGCAGGGACCUUCCUGUCUGCUUUGCGACCGACCGAAACUAGAAGUCAAGGAGGCUGGGCUGGGCGCCGCCAUGACAACUUGAUAUCGGAAAAGGCGGGACUAUUCUCCCUCACUGAUCCUCCUCCAGCAUCGGCCUCAGGAUGCAGGCAGCCCUGGAGAUCACUGCUCGCUACUGCAGCCGGGAGCUGGAGCAGUAUGGCCAGUGUGUGGCAGCCAAGCCGGAGUCAUGGCAGCGAGACUGUCACCACCUUAAGAUGAGCAUUGCCCAGUGCACGUCCGCCCACCCAAUCAUACGUCAGAUCCGCCAGGCCUGUUUGGAGCCUUUCAAAGCCUUUGAGGACUGUCUUCGACAGAAUGAAGCCGCUGUGGGCAACUGUGCGGAGCACGUGCGCCGAUUCCUGCAGUGUGCGGAGCAGGUGCAGCCGACACACAGACCCUCCACCUUGGAGGUUUUGGCGGUGGUGGUUGCUUCUCUUGUUGCUUUGUUGAAGAGCACAGGCUCUAGAUGUUCGGGCUUCAGUAGUUGUAGCGCAUGGGCUCAGUAGUUGUGGCUCCCGGGCUCUAGAGCACAAGCUCAGUAGUUGUGGCCCACAGGCUUUGUUGCUCCACAGCAUGUGGGAUCUUCCUGGAUCAGGGAUCGAACUGGUGUCCCUCGCAUUGCAAGGGGGUUUCUCAGCCACUGAACCACAGGGAAGCCCCCCUCUUACCUUGUCUCCAUGCAGUGGCCAGAGCGAACAUUUAGGAACUGAAAACUAAUCACAUUGCAUCUUUGUCUAAAGUUCUUCAGCAGCUUCCCAUCCACAUUGAGAACAGAAUCCCAGCUUUCUGCUGGUUCUCUGUGUUCUUUUCCAGGCUGACCCCAUCUGCCUCCUCCCUUACCCAUGCCCCCUCUCUCUCCUCCUCACUGCUUCUCAGCUCUGCAGGGAUGGGGCAAAAAAAUCAUAACUGGUUUUAAUGUAUACAGUACAUAAGCAGAUGUACAAUGUAUCUAUGGUAUUAAAAUGUCAUGGAUGGGUGCUUUUUUUUUUUGAAUGUUCUAAAAAGACUCCUUGGGUGAGGGGGGAGCAGUAAUCUUAGAAAAAGACAAGUUGAGAAAUGGUGGUUUAGAUGUUUACUGUCUCCUCCACUGGACUGCGAGCUCUGAAGGUAAAAGUCAGAUCUUUCACCAGUUCCCUCUCAAUCCCCCUUCAUUUGUCCCCCUCUCUCAGUUCUUGGGGCACCAUCUUCUCUUCUUGAACCCAGAAGAGAAGCCUUCUCUUAGGCUUCCAUGCUCUGUCUUAGCUCUUUCAGUCCAUGCUCUGUGAUGGUCCCAGGGUGAUUCCAGAGGAAAUCUGAAUGUACCACUUUACUAAGAAACCUUUUCAUGGGGGAGUGGGAAGGAGGCUCAAGAAGGAGGACGUAUAGGUGUAUAUAUAGCUGAUUCACUUUGUUGUAUAGCAGAAACUAACACAGCAUUGUAAAGCAAUUAUACUUCAAUAAUAAAAUGAAAAAAAGAAACCUUUUCAUGUCUCUUAUGUUGAUCAGGUCUAGUCUACCCCUCCUCCCCGACUCUGGCACAGCCUCUGGGGCCCUGCAGAAUGUAGCCUUUGACCAUCCCUCUCCCCACAUUCCCCUCAAGCCCUGUGUUCCCACCCCAGUGAACCUGCAGUUAUUCAAAUGUCCAUUAAACUCACCUGUUUCCAGGCUUCUGUCUCACUGUUUCUGCCUGGACUGCCCUUUCCUACUCCAUCUGACUCAUUCCAUUUCCAGCUUAGAUGUUCCCUCCCUCAGGAAACCUCCCCUUGUGGCCUAUCUCUAUCCUCCCAGGAUCCCUGAGCUCCUUCCACUAUGGCUUAUAUUUUACCCCUUGUAACUGCUUCCCUCCUAUUGCCAGUUUCAGAGGAGUUCUUUGCUAAAGACUGGGGAGCGGCCCUUCUACCAAGUCCUAUAGUCAGUGGGCUUUUUUCAUAAGGCAGAGAUGAGUUUAAAUCCUAAUUGAGUCAUCUGUGAGACAGACUUAAUUCUUUCCAAAAAAUAUUCAGUAAGGACUGCAUAAUAUUUAUACUAGUUUAUUAAUCAUAUGUUGGUGACGUUUCUUUCAAGUUAUUGGGCAUCUGACCAAAAGACCUCAUCUUCCCAUCUCAGGGCCAGUUCCUCCCUCCCUCCCUCCCUGAGUGAGCAACCAAGCCUCUCCCUCAUCUUCCUGUGAUCACCCCUGCCCUGCUCCUCAAGUCUACUCUCCCCUUGAAGCCAAACGAGCUUUUUAUUUAUUUGUUUUUUUAAUUAUUAUUGAUAAAUAAUUGACUUACAGUGUUGUGUUAGUUUCUGCUAUACAGCAAAGUGAAUCUGUUAAACAUAAACAUAUAUCCACGCUUUUUUAGAUUCUUUUUUCAUAUAGGUCAUCACAGAGUAUUGAGCAGAGUUCUUUGUGCUAUGCAGUAGGUUAUCUGUUUCAUUCAUAUAUAUAUAUAUGUAUAUGGGCUUCCCUGGUGGCUCAGACAGUAAAUAAUCUGCCUGCAAUGCAGGAGACACAGAUAGAGGUUCAAUCCCUGGUCUAAAAGAUCCCCUGGAGGAGGGGAUGGCCACCCGCUCCAAUAGCCUUGGCUGGAGAAUUCCAUGGACAGAGGAGCCAAUCUAUGGGGUUGCAAAGAGUUGGACCGACUGAGCGACUAUCACUGAUUUUUUUCGUGUGUGUGUGUGUCUGUAUAUAUAUACACACACACAAUGUGUUUUAUUGCAAUUUAUCCCCCCUUCCCUUUUCCUCUUGGUAACCAUAAGUUUGUUUUCUACAUCUGUGAGUCUAUUUCUGUUCUGUGAAUAAGUUCAUUUGUACCAUUUUUCAGAUUCCACACAUAAGCGAUAUCCAGAGGAGCUUUUAAAAACAGAAAUUGGGUCACAUCUGCUCCUUUAAAGCCAGGUGGUUCUCCAGUGCACUCAAAGUAAUUAACCCCACACCCAGCUCCUCCUCAGUGUCCUCUCUUUCCCUGUUUUAACAUCCCAGUUGUAGCUUUUCCUCUUUGAUUGGGGGCAUUGAGAUUCAGGCCUCCUGUAUCCUCUGGUCUCCAAAAUAGCAAACGCACAGGCUCAUUUAGUACAACAUGGUAUAAAGACAUCUCGUGUUAGCUUAGCUGACAGCAUAAAGUGCUACUUGUACCCCCAUACACACACACCACAUACCUCUGCUCUUCACCUUGAUGUAGUUAUUUUGUCUCUUCUUUCCGUUUUCUGUUUUGUUUUUUUUUUUCUGAGAGGCAUGUGGAAUCUUAGUUCCCUGACUCGGGAUCAAACCCGUACCCCCUGCAGUGGAAGCUGGAAGUGCAGACUGUUAACCACUGAACCACUGGGGAAGUCCAUAGUUUUCUUCAUGGGAUUUAUCAGCUGACAAAUUUUUGUUCACUUGUUAUCUGUCCCUCCCUGGAGUCAGAGAUGUGUGUCUGCCUCCACUGCUGGGUCCCUGGAACCUGUCACAAUCCUGUAUGUACACAGCAGGUCCUCUGUAAACCCAACAGAACGCUGCGUUUCUGCCCCCAGUGACAGUUUCCCUGCUCCCGAGGUGUUCACGUGACAGACAGCUGAGGUCAUCACCUGACGCCCUUUCCCUCCAGUCUGAGCUCUGCCAGGGCAGCCUUUGCUGUGUCUACAGUCUCCCCAGCAUGGUCCCAGGGCCAGCCAGGCACACAAG